AUGGUGACAUGUAAGUACAAUAAUUUACAUUGGUUUUUAUUUUAUUUCAUAAUAGAUGUUAUAUAUUUUUAAUAAAUUUUAGGUAAUCUGGAUACUAAAGAACUAACUAAUAUUCAAUCAAAACCAAUUAAAAAUCUGUUACUUACCAAAACUGGUGAUGAGAAAAGUAAUUUAAUAAUAAUCAAAAAUUUAAAUGUUGAUUAUGUUAAAAAUUUACUAUCAAUUGUUACAUGUUAAUUUUAGACAACAGCUCAUCAUCAAAAUCACGUAAUAAUGUUAGGGAAGCAGAUUUAGGCAGAUUAAUAGAACUUGUGGAACUUAGGAAGUCUCUGUGAAACCACCACUUGGCCUUAAAAAAUAGGCUUCCAAAAAUAAAAACCAUAUUAUGGAAUGAGGUAUAUGUUGAGUUCCAAAGUAUUUUUAUGCAUUUCCCAUUAUUUAAUUAUAUAUUAGUAAGAUUUAAUUACACAUAUGGUAGUAAUAAUAAAAUACUAUUAUUUAUAUUUCUUUUAGGUGUAUAUAUCUUGGAUGAAUUAAAUAAAUCAUGGCAAUACCUAAAACAAAGAUUUACAGGGGAAAGACAUUUGAAACCUUCUGGAUCACAAGGGACCAAGAAACAAUGGACCCAUUUGAAAUCAUUGGCAUUUUUAAAUAAUGUUUAUGAACACACCAAAAAGUAAUUUUUUCUCUUUAUUCAAACAAUAAGUUGACUAGUUUACUUUUAUUAUUAUUACAUUUUAUAUUGACACAUUAUUUUCUAUUUUAUUUUUAAUUAAUAAUUUGUUCCACUUAUUAGUACUACAUGCAACAUGUCAACUGAAAAUGAUAUUGGCUCUCCUACAGCUCAAGAAAAAAGAUCACCAGAUUAUAACCAAGUACAUCUUAAACGAAAUAGAAGUUAGUUUUAAGCUAAUAGAAAAUAAAUUUAAUAAACAAAUAUAUAAGUGGAAAAUAUAGGCAUAGUUAUUGAAUAAAAUUUAUAAUAUGAAAAUGUGUGAAACCCACUUAAAAUCAAUGUUAUUUUAAAAAUAAAUAUUCUAAUUUAUUAUUAUUACUAAAUUAACUGCACUAACUUAUGUUUUUAUUUUGUAUGAUAAUUAUUUAUUUUAGCUAAUAAUGAUGUUGGAGAACUGAUACAAAUUCUAAAAAAACUGCUCCUGUUCAUCCACCUAUGCAACCCAUUGAAAUGCUAG